AUGGACGAGGAGGCUGACGAUGUUCAAAACAAUUUUUCAAACGUGACUAUGUUUUCUGAGGAGAAUGAAUCCCCAAAGAAUGACACUGAAACAGACAUGUUUCAGGAUUCCUAUAUUGAUCCUGAGGACAGAGGCUUUGAUGUUAAAAUUCCAUUUCGCACAACUAAAAAGAAGACUAAAAAGUCGCUGAAAAAGCUUGAUGAAGAUUUUGUGCCAGCACAGAGUGACUUUAGGCCUGAUUUGGACGAUUUCAUAGACGCAGACUUUGAGGAGAAAACUCAAACAAAGAAGCCUACGAGAGGGACAGGAAAAACUUACUUCGAUGAGGUAAUCAAGAGAGUUAAGGACCGUAAGCGCCACAAUACAAAGUUAUCUGACGAGGAGUGUCAGUUGCACUGCAGACAACUAGUUGAGCGGAUGAUCUCAGCAGCUUCAGAAGACGUUGAGUCGCUUAAGAAUGGGAAACCAGGACUUGCCAAGCUAAAGAUGCUCAACUCACUAUCGGACAUAAAUAAGCCUUCAUGGCGCCAAUGGUGUAUAUCUGAAGGAGUUGCAGUAGCACUUGCCAGCUGGCUCGCACCCCUCUCUGACGGAUCACUCCCUAAUUUGAGUGUCAGGACUAAAGUGCUAGAGAUUGCACUCCAACUUCCGUUCCAGCCUAGCGACCUUAGGGACAACGAUCUCGGAAGGAUAAUCGUAUCGCUUUGGAACCACCCAGACGAAACUGACUCAAAUCGCACUCUCAUCAGGUCAAUUGUUCAGAAGUGGACUAGACCAAUGUUAGGAAUUGCAACCUCCUACUCUGAAAUCCAAGACUCAUUUGUCGACAGUAAGCCCAUCGUAACCUCAGAUUCAGUCUACAAGGACCGGAAAUUCGACCCGAAACGAGUUUCAGUUACUCAGGAACGCAUCAAAAGCAAGUUAUCACAGAUGUACAGAAAUAUAGAAUCCAAACAUAAAACGCCUGGGAAAGCUACCAGGGUCAAAAUCACAGGUGGAAUGAAAUAA